AUGCCUCCAAAGAACGGAAACAAGGCUGCUGCCCAGGCUGAAAAGGCCGCCGAUAAGGUUGCCAAAACCACUCAGAAUGCUGCCCAGACUGCUGAGAACAAGAUCUCCUCGGCUGCUAGUGUAGCUUCCAACGCUUCAAACGCUUCCACUGCUACCUCUGCUAAGGAGCAGACCACCACCAACAACGUGCCAAAGGACGCUGACCCAAGAAAUAUCUUGGACUACACUCCUCAGGAGGAGAUUGUUGCUUCUGUCAACAGGUUGAGAAACAACUUCCACUCCAAGCGCAAGACCCACCCAUUGCAGUACAGAUUGAACCAAUUGAGAAACAUCUACUUUGCCGUGAAGGAUAACGCUGACGACUUGUGUGAGGCCUUGUACAAGGACUUUGGCCGUUCUCACUCGGAGACAAAGAACUUGGAGAUUAACCCAUUCUUGAACGAGUUGGUCCACACUAUGUCUCAGUUGCACAACUGGGCCAAGCCAGAACAGGUCCAGCACUUGCCAUUGAUCAUGAAGGCUAACCCAGUCUACAUCGAGAGAAUCCCAUUGGGUACCGUGCUUGUCAUUUCACCAUUUAACUACCCCUUGUUCUUGGCUCUUUCCUCCCUUGUCGCUGCUAUCUCCGGUGGUAACUGUGUGGUGUUGAAGGUCUCUGAGCUUAACCCACACUUUGCCCAGCUUCUUACAAAGAUUCUUACCAAGGUUCUUGACCCAGACACUUUUGCCAUGGUAAACGGUGCUAUCCCAGAAACCACUGCUGUCUUGGACCAGACCUUUGACAAGAUCAUGUACACUGGUUCUACCGCUGUUGGUACCAUCAUUGCCAAGAAGGCCGCUGAGACUUUGACCCCUGUUCUUUUGGAAUUGGGUGGUAAGUCCCCAGCUUUUGUUCUUGAAGAUGCCACUGAGAAGGAUCUUGGUAUCAUUGCCAGAAGAAUCGUCUGGGCUCGUUUCAUUAACGCCGGUCAGACAUGUGUGGCUAUCGACUACGUUUUGGCCCAUGAGAAGGUUAAGAACAAGUUGGUUGAACAGAUUGUCAAGGUUGUCAAGGAGGACUUCUACAAUGGCUUGGACGCCAAGGACCCAACUUACACGCAUAUCAUCCACCUGCGUGCUUUCGAGACCUUGUCCAACAUGAUCUCCAAGAGUAAGGGUAACGUUGUCGCUGGCGGUGACACCGAUGCUGCUUCCCGUUUCAUCUCCCCUACUGUUAUUGACAACGUCAAAUGGGACGAUGCCACUAUGCAACAGGAGAUCUUCGGCCCAGUGUUGCCAAUCUUGAGCUACACUGACUUGGAGGGUGCUGUCCAGGAAGUGAUCAAGCGUCACGACACCCCAUUGGCCUCUUACGUGUUUACCUCUGGCCCACGCGACCGUAACAAGAACCCACAGGUGGAUCUUAUCCGUACUGCUAUCAGAUCUGGUGCUACCAUUGUCAACGAUGCCAUCAUGCACGUUUCUUUGGCUAACGCUCCAUUCGGUGGUAUUGGUCAGUCUGGUCAGGGUGCCUACCACGGUUACUACUCUUACCGAGCCUUCACUCACGAGAGAACCACCAUGGAGCAGAAGCUUUCUAUGGAUUUCACCAUGAAGCUGAGAUAUCCACCAUACGAGGAAAAGAAGGACAAUGUCCUUGGAGCUGCCCUCACUCAGUACAACAACAACGUUUGGUUUGGUAGAACCGGCAACGUGAGCGUUCGUGGUCCAGGACUGGUGUGGAGCGUGUGGCACAGCCUUGGAGGCUUCAGCUCCUUGGUUUACAACUUUGUCAACAGCUUGUAG